UUGAAAACAAACUGAAGCUUCACAUUCAGCUUUUAACUGAUGGGUUUCCAUCUUGUUUUUGACUCUGUUUUGCUGACGUCGUCGUCGCUGGGAUUUACUGGUUUUUCUGUUUGGAUAUAAACAUGAUGGAGCCUCCUCACAGCAGCCUGAACAGUCUGAGUGUGGAGCUGAAGAGUCUGCAGCUGUGUGACAGGGAAGGCACAGAGUCUGCAGACAGCAGCAUGGGGGACGUGGACAACCUGCCAGUUCCUCAGCAGAUCCGGAUCAGUAACAUCACCUGUGAUUCUUUCAAAAUCAGCUGGGACGUAGACCACAGGGGCCGAGAGAGGAUCACACACUACUUCCUCGACCUCAACAAGAAGGAGAACAACAACUCCAACAAGUUCAAACAUAAGGACGUACCGACGAAGCUGGUGGCGAAGGUGGUUCCCCUGCCGAUGACGGUGAGAGGUCAUUGGUUCCUGAGUCCUCGCACAGAGUACACCGUGGCCGUCCAGACUGCUGCCAAGCAGCCGGACGGAGACUACGCGGUCUCUCAGUGGAGCGAGGUCAUCGAGUUCUGCACUGCAGAUUACUCCAGCCUCCAUCUGAACCAGCUGCUACAGAAAGCCGAGGCGAUUGCUGGCCGGAUGCUGCCGUUUACCGUCUUCUAUAGAAACCAACAGCAGGAGUACUUCCAACAGGCCAGCCCUUCCUAUCGCUCCAGAGAUGCUCAGUGCCACCAGAUGCUGCCGGCAGUCAAAGACAACAGCGGCAGCCUCGGGUCCCCCAUCAGCGGCAAACUGGAGGGGGUCUUCUUCAGCUGUAACACAGAGUUCAACACAGGAAACCCCCCCCAGGACUCCCCAUAUGGACCCUACCGCUUCCAGAUCCAAGCCGAGGUCCUCUUCAACCAGAACACCAACAUCUACUUUGGGGAUUUCUACUGCAUGUACACAUCCUACCACUACGUCAUCCUGGUCCUGGCUCCUGGCGGCACCAAAGGAGACGUCUUCUGUAAAGGGAGGCUGCCGGCGCUGGACAGAUCCAACAACUGCUUCCUGAGCUGCACCGAGGAGGACGACGGCUCGCUGUCUUUUCGUCACGCUCAGGACGUAAUCUUGGAGGUGAUCUACACUGAGUCGGUGGAUAUGUCUUUAGGGACGGUGGCACGGAUCAGCGGGCAGCAGCUCGUGAGUCAGUCCACCGUCAACGCCAAGAAAGACCCCAGCUGUAAGAUCUGCAACAUCAGCGUGGGGCGUUAGCCAGAUGUUUGGAUGAUCAGCUAACCUGUUAAUAACUGACCUGGUGGUUAUUGUAGCUACUAAUGCUAUUAAUGAGCUACUUACUAAAUUUACCACCCACUCGCUGUAGAACCACUGGCUUACUAAGUGCUAGCAGGGCCUGGGUAUCUAGCAGGUAUUUAACCAAAUACUAAAUCUACUUUUUUAAUAUGCGCGAGCCCCAGUGCCUGAAUUGGAGCAACAAAGGUGCCAGUACCCUCAAUGCAAUCCCUACCCCUAACCCCAACC